AUGGAAGCAGAACUAGUCAGACAUGUUCUUUUGUUGGAAUCUAGAUUUUUCGGCUUGACCAUUACCGAUUUACGGCGCUUAGCUUAUCAAUUAGCAGAAAAAUACGGACUGAAACACAGAUUCAAUAAUGAAUCGCAAUUAGCUGGUUGGAAAUGGUAUUACACAUUUAUGAAGAAUCAUCCAGAAAUAUCCUUACGAACCCCAGAACCCACAUCUAUGGCUCGCUGUAAAGGAUUUAACAAAGAAAUGGUGAUGGCGUUCUUCAACAAAUAUGAGUCCAUCUUAGACGAAGGUCAAUUUACAGCCGAAAAAAUUUACAAUAUGGAUGAGACAGGAUUGAGCACAGUUCAUAAGCCUUCAAAAAUUUUGGCUCAAAAAGGGAAACACCAGGUUGGAGCUGUCACGGUGUAG